AUGACACCUGUGCCUACCAUAUCUAUCACGACACCUGAGCUAGAAAAUAAAGACUUUAUUGCAAGAAGUGGAGCAGGCACACCUGAAUCUCCUAAAGAGAAUGAACCAGAUCAGCAAGAUGACCUUUUGGACAUCUCACAGAACAACGAGAAAUCAACUACUGUGGCAGCAAAAGUGACAUUAAAAGAGUUUUAUCAGCACAAGUCUAUUCUGCUGACAGGUGCCACUGGAUUCAUUGGAAAGGCAGCUUUUACUAGUCUUCGCGGGUCUAUGGGAGCUCAAUUGUUUGAUAAACUUAUUCAAGAAAAGGUUUCCCCUUUAUUUGGCGACUUAACGGAACCUAAUUUAGGCUUAUCCGAAGCUGAUUUAGACCUUAUCAAAACCAAAAUCAAUGUUGUAUUGCACUGUGCUGCAAAUGUAGAUGGAAAUGAAUCCUUAGAAAACUUGGUCAAAGUUAACACGUUUGGAACGGUUGAGCUAUUGAACAUAACCAAACAAUGUGAAUCAGUAUAUUCUUUUGUUUACCUUUCAGCCCUUCAGCCAGCAGCUGAUGAAAAAUACUUGCUUCCGUUAUGUCAAGAAGGUUCAGCAAUGGAUAUUGCGAAAAAUAUUUUGGAUCAGCAGGAGUCACCACAAUAUAAGCCUUUGUACAACAAUGGUUACUUGUUCUCAAAAUCAUUGACUGAGCAUAUUCUGAGGGAUGAAAUAAGCAAAAUGUCCAAAGAGAACUUGCUUCAUAUCUCCAUCAUGAGAUUGGCUCCUGUUGGUCCUAGUGUGCGUGAACCACUGAUAGGUUGGGCAGAUGGAGUAAGCGGUAUGAAUGGUACAAUCUUAUUGACGGGUAGGGGUAGCAAGGUCAUUCACCCUCAAUCUGGUGAAAGCACGGUCGACAUCAUCCCUGUAGACUAUGCGGCACGCUUGAUUAUUGGUUGCCCUGCCGUCUCACAGAUCCCAACAGGCAGUUUUGAAUUACCAACUACUCCUACUUCAGCUAUCCCUACACCUGACGAUCAGCAACCACAGCAGCCAAAGACGCGUAAGCGAUCCUCUAGUCAAGCAAGCAGAAUAUCCAUUCGAAGUAGCCAUUUCCAGCCUCCUAGACUCACUGACUUACCUGAGAUCCAAUUACUUCCUGUCAUCUAUCAGAUAUCCAUGUCUCACAAACGCUCUCUGACAUGGGACGUUGGAUAUGAGGCAAUUCGACAAUACUGGACCAAAGCAACCCAUACCAGUUUGCCCCCCUCUAAGCAGUACUUUUCGCAACGAAUGAGCAUCAAUGCUAGUCCAACCCCCAGUCUAUCACGUGCACGAACCGUGAUGAAUUCGAUCAAAGGCUACUAUAAUGCAUCGACUAAUAUGCCAACAACGGGGUCAGUAUCUUCUUCUGAUUCUGUGACUGUCAGUCCAUCCGUAUCCACCGAGCACUCAAGCAAGAGAAGUUCUCAUCGCCUCAGCCGAGUUGUCGAUAAAGCAGCUAAACUAGCCAACUCCAACACUCUCUAUGUCAAUGAUCGUUUGCAGACAAACCAUCAUGCUGCAGCCUUGAGUUUGGCCUUACACUUGGUAAACGACGACAUCGAGUUUGAUCCUACAGCCAUUGUACCUCAAGAUGCUAACAAGGCGUUCUGGGUCAACUACUUGAUCAAUGCAAGCUAUGGCGUACACUAUUUUGUCUGUCAAGAGACCAACAGCAUUCGUUUGCCUACACCUAUCUAUGGCUGGAGCUGUGCUAUUCAGUCACAUCAGGAUUCAACGCUUGGUGAUGAAGAAGGAGGAGGAUACAAUACGGUUCAGCGUCAGGUGAAGAGCUCCAUCUUUUCACAAGACGAAAUCACACAACGCACAUCUCGCAUGGUAUCACAUAUCAAGAGUAUCGUGAUUCAGAACACGCAGGCUCAACAAAAAGAGAGAUCCGACGACGCGUGGUUGACCGACUUGGACGACUCGCUAGAUGACUGGUGUCAGGAUAUCGAAGUAAACCAUGCAGACAGACGUAUGGCGUUAGGUAAAUGGAAAAAGAAGGUAGGCAGUAACGAUGAGUCGGUCAAGGUCAUCGUUUUGAACGAUAAGCGUGUCAACUUGGCAAUCAAUCAAAUCACUCAAAAUGCCGGCGUGCCCAAACAAACGGCGGUCAAUGAAGCACUCAAGAUAUUGAUGAGAAUGAGCGAACGUACGCAGCUUGCCUUUGUCUGGUUCACAGGAUCUUUCCUUCGAUCUCUUUUUGAUGACAUGUUUGACCAUGUACGCAUAUUGGAAGAAAGUCUUCGCUCGAUUCGUCAAUCGACCAUUGGUAAACGCGUUGUUUAUGUGCCAACGUCUAAGAGCAUACUGGAUCAACUAUUAGUAUGGUACAUGGCCAUUCGGUAUCACCUACCUGUGCCUGCUCUUGCCUGUGACGAAUCAAUGUCGCAGAUGGGACCUAUAUCGGAUAUCUAUCGUCUAGCUGGUGCUUAUUAUAUGAAGCGUGACAAGUCCAAGCGAUCACCCUUGAACUCGGCCGUAACAGCGGCAUACACACAAGUUCUUUUGAGAGAGCAUGGUGCACUUUCCUUUUGCCUAGAACGAUCAAGGUCCCGUACAGGCAAGUUCCAAGAUGCUUACUCGGAUGGACUAAUCGAAAUGGUGAUUGAAGCCACCCUGCAGACAAACCAAGGCAGUCGAACAACCUCAACGACAUCUACAAGUUCAAGUGCCAUUUCGAGAGUCGUCAGCUCUGAACUCAACACACCGCCUGAUUCACCUUCAUCUAUCAGCAGCAUGGACAGUUUAACACAACAGCAGAGCUUUAAUAAUCAAUCAAAGAAAGUUCACAAGGAUGUGGUGUUUGUACCGAUUAAUAUAAACUACGAGAACGUGCCUGAGCUUGCUCAUUUGAUUGACGAAGUGCUUGACCAGCAGCCAUCUCGACACAAGCGUACACCUUCAAACGCGUCAUCGCCACCUCUCACCCCAAUUCCUUCCUCACGUAUGGUCAGACCUAGCGAGGCUAAGGAUAAACGACGACCGGUAUCGGACAUGUCGAUAAAGCGAAAGUACGGCCGUGUGACGCUUGGAGUAGGCCCAUUGAUCAGUGUGCAAGAGGUUGCUGAACAGUAUAUCACUGGCGGAUUCGAGUCUUACGAGAGUGAGUUGGUCAAGUCCAUCACGAAAAAAGUUCAAGAAUCACAGCGUAAAGGAUUGGUCGUGUCUACCGUGUCGGUUGUGUCUUCGAUCAUUCUUUACGGCCGAGCUACACAUGGUGUUUGCAUAGGAAAGAUAAAGGAGAUCAUGGAAUGGUUAAGAAAAAAGAUUAAGCAAACUGGUUACUUGAUUGACUGGGAGGAGGGAGAAGAUUUGGAUUUGAUCAUUCUUACAGCUUUUAAAUUAUUGGAUGAUACAAAGAAUAUUAUUAUUGAAGGAAAAGAGAUAAACGACGAUACGAACAUUCGAGUGAACGAUCAUGCAGACAAUGUGAUGACGCUAUCCUAUUAUGCAAACCAGGUGAUUGACGUAUUUUUACUGGACUCCUUCUUUGCCAUUGUCUAUCUAUCUUUCUUGGAAGAAACCGUCUUUGAAGAUGAAUUUAUGGAUCGAUUCCGAUUCUUAGUACAAUUACUAGAGCGAGAAUUUGUCCUUGACUGGAACGUAGAAGAAAAGUUCGAAACCGUUCUUCAAGAAUAUCAAGAGAAGCAGGUCAUCAAGAAGCAAGAUGGCAACAAGCUUGCAUUGCUUGUCAAUUUGGAACAAGAUCCCACGCGAUACGAACAACUGAUGUUUUUGGCAUCACUCGUCUAUCCCACGGUCGAUGCCUACUGGAUCACAUCAUGUUCCUUGUCUGCCCUGGAAGCGGUCCCAAUGCUGCCUAGAUGCAUUGUGCCCUUACUGACACAGUGGAUCGCAACGCACCUGAUCACUGGACGACGCACAAUCUAUCGUGAGGUUCUGUCGACUGAAUCCAGUCGACUAGCCGUCGACGUGUUCAUGUCGAUGGGUUUCUUGACCGAGAUCAAGGCCAAAGAAAAGCUAUCGCCCGACACACAGAUCUUGCUCCACGAGUUUGGCAUUCCUACCUCAGAAAUCCUUAUCGAACUGAAAGGACAGAACAGCGAUGGUGGCAAGACGCCAGUAUCUCCUGUAGAUCCCGAGGGUAUGAUGAAGGCCGUGAUGGCUCAGAUCGAGAUGAACCGUGCUAAUUCCAACAUGGCCGAUCUCUGUCAGCAAAUAGAUUCUUAUCGCCUGGGCGCUGCCUCACAACGCGAGAGUUUCCAGAACGCUCAAGUGUUUCAAAAGUGUCUCAGACAGAUAAAGGGUAUCCUGCAUGCCAAUGCAUCCAAUAGUAUUGUCAAGAGAAGAAAACUUGAUUUACCAGAGGAUGAAGCGAAUUUGGCGCAACUCAUUUAUUCAUUAUUGGCUAGUAGUGUGCCCACUGGAGAUAGGGCAGCUCAGGCCCGUGCGUUGCGCAGAAUUUCAGAAGCAUAUAAUCUACGAUAA